CCUCCAGUCCGGAGACCUACCCCCCCCCCCAAAUCCCACCAGUAUCAGUGCCUUCCUGCCCCCCCCAACUCCAGAGACCACUUUGCUCUGCCUAAUGCCUCAGCCCCUUCUCAUCCCCAUGCUGAUUCCUGAGAUUCCCUCAGGGCCUUCUCAUCACCCCCAUUGACCCCUGAGAUUGCCCACCACCCAUGCUUCCUCUACUUUUGCUCCUUGCGACUGAUGCUUAAGAUUCCCCACCUACUGCUGUCUCAGCCUCUUCUCACCCCAACACUGAACCCGAAGAUCCCCAGCUUACUCCCCCAUUUCAGCACAUCAUUUAUAACUGUUCUGAAAAAAUCAUUUCAACAGGCAUGCUGCUCCCUCCACCUUGGCUUCCCUCCCCACCCGCUGCUUCUUCUCUCACUAUUCCCUCCCCCAUGUAGUCAUUGCCUCAGAUCCCUCCUGCAGUUCUCCCAUCCUCACUUCUACUCUUUUCGUUUUCCCCUUCCUCUGUGACUCCCUCAUGCUGCCUCCUUUCCUGUUCCAAUCUCAGCUCAUUGGGCUUCAGAGUGAAGAGUUUGCAAGUGCAGUUGGGAGUGGGAGUGUGAAGUGAUGAUAUGCAGGUUUCUUCCACUGACAUUUUAGGAAAUAGUUUUGGAGUGAGGGAACAUGGUGAUGAGUUUCAGAGUCUCAGAUCUUCAGAUGUUACUGGGUUUUGUUGGCCGGAGUAAGAGUGGACUUAAACACGAGCUGGUCACUAGAGCGUUGCAGCUGGUCCAGUUUGAUUGUAGCCCUGAAGUUUUCAAGAAAAUUAAAGAGCUCUAUGAGACUCGCUAUGCCAAGAAGAGCUCUGAACCGGGGCAGCCACAGCAGCACCGACCUCCAGAGACACUCUCCAUACAUUCUUCCUAUGACCGUGGGAGCACUGUUGCUAGGACUUCUCUUUCCACGCCUAACAUUGACUAUCCUGCACUCUAUGGGAAAUACCUUAACGGACUGGGGAGGUUACCACCCAAAGUUGUAAAGCCUGAAGUUCGGCUGGUGAAACUUCCCUUCUAUACCACCUUGGAUGAACUGCUGAAGCCAACAGAGCUAGUCCCACAGAAUAACGAGAAGCUUCAGGAGAGUCCGUGCAUUUUUGCACUGACGUCAAGACAAGUGGAGCUGAUCAGAAAUUCCAGGGAGUUGCAAGCCGGUGUGAAAUCUGUUCAGGUUGUGCUAAGAAUCUGCUACACAGACACUAGUUCCCCGCAGGAGGAUCAGUACCCUCCAAACAUCGCAGUAAAAGUGAAUCAUAGUUACUGCUCAGUGCCGGGCUACUACCCAUCUAACAAGCCUGGAGUGGAGCCUAAAAGGCCCUGUCGUCCCAUUAACCUCACGCAUCUCAUGUACCUGUCUGCAGCGACCAAUCGAAUCACGGUUACGUGGGGGAAUUAUGGAAAGAGUUACUCAGUGGGUCUAUACCUAGUGCGGCAAAUGACCUCAGCGGAAUUGCUGCAGAGGUUGAAAACCAUUGGAAUCAAACAUCCAGAGCUCUGCAAGGCACUCGUAAAAGAGAAAUUACGUUUGGAUCCAGACAGUGAAAUUGCUACUACAGGUGUUCGAGUCUCGCUCAUCUGCCCGCUGGUGAAGAUGCGUCUGUCUGUCCCAUGCCGGGCUGAGACCUGUGCACACCUACAGUGCUUCGAUGCAGUCUUCUACCUCCAGAUGAAUGAGAAGAAGCCCACUUGGAUGUGUCCUGUGUGUGACAAACCAGCACCCUAUGACCAGCUAAUAAUUGAUGGGCUGCUAUCAAAAAUAUUGACUGAAUGUGAGGAUGCAGAUGAAAUCGAAUACCUGGUGGAUGGAUCCUGGUGUCCAAUCAAAGCUGAGAAAGAGAGAAGCUGCAGCCCUCAGUGUCCAAUAUUGGUACUAGGUUCUUCUGAUGUCAACGGGCUGUUGCCCACUCCUAAUGGUAAUGGAGAGAAUGGCAAGGUCACCGCUGAUGUUGUGGAUUUAACACUGGACAGUUCAUCAUCCGAGGAAGAGGAGGAGGAAGACGACGAAGAUGACGACGACGAUGAUGGACCCCAACCGAAACGACGCUGCUCUUACGAGAAAGGUUUAGUUUCUGCCUGCUGACUGUGGAAGUAGCUCUGAAUCUCAGAAUGGACAGACUUGAAUACUCUGGUGCUUACUAAACUGGAGGGGAGGGGAAUUUCUCCUUCGCCUCACUUCCCUUCCUCCCUGGUCUCCUUUUGACGUUCCUAUUCGAAGUUAACCAUUAAAACAAAAAAUAAAACCAU